AUGGACUGCUGCAACGACUGGCACGCCUCGGACGAUGUCAUUGUCCUGUUCUAUUCUUCGAGGGGAGUCUUUCCGGAAGCGAUCCGUGAGAUUAUGCUACUGCUACGUGCCAAGGAAAAGCAUGCUGGGUGCAUCCAUAACCGCUGCAUCUUCUUGAUGGCGAGUAAUCCAGGUCUAUACAAGUUAGAAGAGAGGACCUUUGAUCUGGUCAAAGUACAGUCUUGGAUCAGCGCACACGACGAUGAAUUGAUUUCGCGCCAAUUGGUGUUCUCGAAAAUGAUACUCCAGUCAAUCAAGCAGUAUCAACGGCUCGAGUUCCUCGAAGCAACUACACCGUUCCACCAGCGAUUGGAGAAGAACAAGGAAGAAAGUACGAUGGUCGCAGCAGAGGACGUAUGGAGGCCAUCAGUAUGA